AACCCAAAACAACUUUUCAUUCACUUAUUUUUUAUUUUGAAUACAUUCACUUUUUUUUUCAAAUGAACAAAACUUUUGACCUGGAUUUAGCUCUAUUACAAUGAGGUCCCACCUCUGGUAAGAACUGCUGGCAGCAGUAACUGAACUGUGCUGCAUUUUUGUGUGGGCUGUGUUGGGAUUAUGAAUGGGAACUUUGUGCUGUCUGCUCCAUUUUAACAGAGAAAGUUGUUUUUUGUGAUUUCAAGUAACAUCUGCAACCUUUCACCAAAUACAAUUGUAAGGACGUACAGCACUUCAGAGGCUUUUGGAAUAAAACUGGAGUCAGACAUUUCUUUUCUUGCAUAAAAACUUUGGAACUUCAUGUUGCAUAUUUAAGCUCCACCCACCCGGUACUCUCUUGUUGCGAAAUCGAGCGUACCCGAUAGGCGUGACUUUCACUUUCACGUUUUUAUCUUUCUGCUUUAGAAAUCUGCAAAUUGUCUCCACAUAUUUACAAGAGGGAAGUUCAGUAAGACUGUCCCGAAGACAUCCGUCCUCAGAGGUAUGAUGGUGAACUGCUGUGGUCUGCUAACCUCCCAGAAGGAACCAGUUCCUCUGAAGAGCGUGGAGGUGGAGCUGGAGGUGAGGGACCAUGUGGCUACAGUGGUCUCCACUCUGAACUAUGAGAACAAGGAGGACAAACCACUAGAGGCUGUUUUUGUCUUCCCUCUGCCUGGAGAUGCUGCUGUCUGUCAUUUCAGUGCUAAGAUUGGACAGACACACAUUGUAGCUGAGGUGAAGGAGAAACAGGAGGCUCGUGAGGAGUAUGACGAUGCUUUGAGCUCCGGUCAGCAGGCCUUCCUGCUGGAGGAGAGUGAGCAGAGUCCAGAUAUAUUCUCUCUGAGUGUGGGCAGUCUGCCUCCAGGAGAGAGCGCCUCCAUCAGGCUGGAGUACGUCAUUGAGCUGGCUGUGCAGGCUGAUGAAGGGCUGAGGUUUUGUCUGCCUGCUGUGCUCAACCCUCGCUACGAACCUCAGGGUAGUGAAGGUGGCAACGUUCAGGUGACCUCUGUUCCAGCCUCUCUGGUGCCCUACAGUCUGUCUUUCUCUGCCCGAGUGUCCUCUCCUCGUCCCGUCUCUAAAGUAGAGUCCAACUGUCCCCUGGACCCUCUCCAGCACCUCAACACAGAGCAAACCCAGGUGGCGGUCAAGUUGGCUGCAGGACACAAGUUUGACAGAGAUGUUGAACUGCUGAUUUAUUACAAUGAUGCCCACCAGCCCACUGCUGUGGUGGAGGCAGGACAGGCCUCCUCCAAGCCUGGCACUCUGAUGGGUGAUCCAGUAGUGAUGCUGAGCCUGUACCCUGAGUUCCCCCAGGCUGUGACGUCUUCAGUCGCUUCAUGUGGAGAGUUUGUCUUCUUAUUGGAUCGAUCUGGCAGUAUGAGUGGUGGACAAAUAAAGAGUGCCAGGGAUACUCUGCUGCUCCUGUUGAAGAGCGUACCACUAGGCUGCUAUUUCAACAUCUACAGUUUUGGGUCCAGCUAUGAACACAUCUUCCCUAAGAGUGUAGAGUACAACCAGAAGACCAUGGAAGAGGCUCUGAAGAAAGUUGACAAGAUGGAGGCUGAUCUGGGAGGAACUGAGAUCCUUGAGCCCCUCAAACACAUUUACAGUCAGCCCUGCAUUCCCAAUCAACCUAGACAACUAUUUGUCUUUACUGACGGAGAGGUAGGGAACACCAAAGAAGUCAUCAAUCUGGUGAAGCAGAACUCAGGUUCCCACAGGUGUUUCUCUUUUGGGAUUGGGGAAGGGGCCAGCUCUGCUCUCAUCAACGGGUUGGCCAAGGAAGGAGGAGGUCACGCUCAGUUCAUCACAGGGACGGACAGGAUGCAACCCAAAGUGAUGCAGUCGCUGCGAUUUGCUCUGCAACCAGCUGUGGUGGACAUCUCAGUCACGUGGGAUUUGCCAAAGGGAGUUUCCAUCACUGCUCUCUCUCCACCAAUCACAGCACUGUUCCAGGGUCAAAGGUCACUGGUUUAUGCCCAGCUCACUGGACAGAGUUCAGAGGCCUCAGAGGGCUGUGUGACGGUGAAGUACAGUCUGGCAGGUCAUCCCUCUCAGAACCAGCUUCACUUCAGUCUCAGACCUGCAGAGGACACUGGAUUAACAGUUCACAGGUUGGCUGCUCGGACUCUGAUUCGCUCCCUGGAGAUGGAGGAGAGAGAGUGUGAAGAAGAGGAAGAUGGAGAAGUGAAGAAGAAGAAGGUGGUGGAGCUCAGUGUCCAAUCAGGAGUGAGCAGUGCCUUCACUGCUUUCAUUGCUGUCAACAAAGGCAACAGCGAAGCUAUUCAAGGACCUCUGGUGCGCAGAAAUGUUCCAACACCCAUGAUGAUGGCCUGGGGUAUGCCCCAGAAUUUGUCCUGUUGUGCUCCUGUGAGGAAUAUUAACCCUAAUAUCUUUGAAGACUUAUCUAUUACCAGCCAUGGUCGUACUAAAUCUUGCAAGAGCAGAGAGAAGGGAGGCGCCAGCCGAAAUGUAUUCUCCAAUUUGAAGAAGAAGCUAGUUGCCUCAAUGAAACCACAGAAGAAUUCUCUGGAGAGUCAUGGUGUUUCUCACUGCUACGCAAGCCUAAAGCCUAUGUCUCUGUCCAGUGAGCGUGAUGAGUCCGAGGAGUGUGAUUAUGAUGAUUCGAUGUACAUGGGAACCGGAUUUAAAAUUAAACCCCAUCCAUGUAGCUUGACCGGCUUGCCCAAACAGCCACCCAGAGACCCUUUGCUGCAGCUGGUCUCCCUCCAGAAGGCGUCUGGCUGCUGGGUGCUGGAUCCAGAUCUGGCUGCUGCACUGGGAAAGACCAGCGAGGAGGUGGAGAAGCCAAAGCCUGCAUCGGUGAACCAGGACGUGUGGGCCACCAUUCUGGCUCUGACCUGGCUUCAUGGUUUCAAGAUGGAUGCUCAGGAAGAGUGGGAGCUUCUGGCUAUGAAGGCUGUGUCAUGGCUCCGAGCUCAGAAAGGUAAAAACCAUAAUACGUCAUGUGUGAAGGAGUGUGUGGAAGCAGGAAAUGCUCUGUUGGGUUGCAACGUGCAGAAAGACUCCCUGGGGAUCUGAGGUUUUCACUGAAGGGGCUUCUGCUUCAAGACUGGUCACUUCUGGUACACGGAAGCAGAUUCACUCCAUCCUACAAUAUUUACUUCAAAUCCAAUUAUG